UUAUAUUUAUAUCUUCUUUAAUGCCUUAUUGCAUUCGGUUUGCGCCACUAGGUAUCGCGUCGUUUGGAAUUAUAUUAUUAUCAUGUAGGGUAUAGCAGUUGUAGUAGCAACGAGCAUAUCCGCCAGCAACCUGUCGGCCGCUUGCCCAAACGAUCAACCGAAACUACAAAAACUAGUCGUUCCGCAGUCAUUGAGGUGCGCACGUGACGAAGAAGUUUUGGUCGUCAGGAAAACAAUAUUUUUUUUACCCACCUACUAACACAAUUAUGAAUAAAGAAAAUCAACAUAGUGUGUCGUUUGUUUUGCUUUCGGCCGUUACUGCUCUAGCCUUUUUAUUGAUCAACCUCAAAUAUUGUAUACUAUAUGUAAUUCCAGUUUUGGGCGCAGGAUGGUUUAUGAUAAAUUACUGGGAUUUCUUAGUCGUAGUCUGGCAAACAAUUCCGAGGGACGCUAUGUAAGUAAAUAUAUAAAAUAUAAUAUUACGCUUUAAAUGCAAAUAAUUCAUAAGUAAAUUAUAGAAUUUUUAAUAUAGAUAACAGUACCUUUUUAAAUUCAAAUUUAUAUAAUUGCCUAUAUUAUGCACGUCAAAAAUAUGUCCUUAAUAGUAUACAGCCACCUAGAUAGGUGUAUUAGGUACAUAUUUAAAUAGAAUAGUUACGUAGAUAUCUACUUGUUAAUGGUUUAUAAAAUAUAUAUUUAAGUAGGUAUUAACAGGAGAUCUAUAAAUAGUGAUCCUUCAUUUCCUUCUUGAUCAUAGAAUAAAUGAAUAAUGAGAUAAUUAUAAUAUUGUAUAAUAGUACAAGUAUACCAAGUAUAUAUAUUAGUCAAACUAAUAUUAUUUAAAUGUUCAAAAUACAAUAGGUACCUACAUUAUGAAUAUUGCUUAAACUGGUGUUAACCUUUUUAAUAAAAUACCUAUCUAAAUGAUAAAUAGGUAAAAUAUAAUAUUAUAAAUUACAACGAUACAAUUAAAAUGUAUGUUGAUUUUAAGAUUGCAUGUAUCUGAACAUAUUUUUUAAUAUCUGAAAAAAGUCUAAAUAUAGUUUUUAAUUUAAGUAAAUUGUAUAGACAUUUCUAAUAACCUUAAAAUUUAUACUAUAAAAAUCCAAAAUGUUUGUAACAAUCAAGUAUUAAUAACAAUGUGAAUAAUACCUGGUUACUGUCAAUCAUAAAAUCAGUUAACAAUUAAAUAAAAAAAAAUAUAAUAUAUUUUACAUGUUUUAUUAGCAGAUGAAAAGUGUACAAUAAGGGACAUAUACAAUCCUCGCAUUAUUUUAAUGUUAAAAUUGGUCAAUUGGUCACAAAUAUCAAAAAUGCACUGUACUCGAACAAUUUGAUCUGUAUACCUUGACUAUUAUUAAAAUAAAUAUAAAUGCCAGAAAAUAGAAGCUGAAACCCUAAAUGAUGGCAAAAAGGAGUCAAUAAGGAAAUAAAAUUGUCCCAACUACCUUUUAUAAAAAUUAUUAAUAAAGAUAUACUUUAAACUUAAAUUGAAAUGAUUGAAUACCACCUAAAUAGUCUACAAUUGAGUUGUACUACUACUACUACUAGUGAAUGAAUUAGUCAUUAGAAUGUAUCAAAUUAUGCAGGGAUAAUAAUUAUAGUCAAAAUUUAAAGUAGAUUAAAUUAUUAUAAUUCAUUCCACUAACUACAAGUAUUAUUAUAGACAAAGUAUUCUAAACAAAAAUUAAAAAAUAGUGUUUUGAAAAUAUUAUUUCAUUGUGAUUUGAAAAAAGCAUUUUUAUUUUAGUAUAAUAACGGAAAAUUAAAUAAGUAGGAUAGGAACUUAUAAAAGUUUGUAUAUUUUUUUAAUAAUCAAAACCUAGCUUGGUGACCUAAAAAUUUGUUUCAAGUUACCGGGAACUUAUAGACGUUUAUUUUGCAUAAUUAGUUUUUUUCUCACGUAACUGUAUAUUUUAAUAAUAUUUCAAAUUUAAUUUAGUAAAAUAUUACUAAAUUAAACAAAAAUAGUAUUUAAUAAAUCUUUAAAAUUGGUAAAACAAAAAUUAAGAAUUUACUAUUUGCUAUGAGUAUAUUUUUAUUUGAAAUUAUUAACUUCCAAGAUUAUUAUUUUUAUCAUUACACGGAAGACAUGGUAUCUUAUCUAUGCAUGAAAUAAAAUAAUUCCCUUAAGUAGGCAAUGUGUUCAUUUUUUUUUAAAUACAUAUUUUAACAGUAUAUUUUCCAUUUUGUUUAGUGCUACGGCCCUAGCAAUACGAUUAGAUGUUAAUAUUUUCUAAAUUACUACCUACAAAAUAAAAUUUUCUUCAAAUUAUUCAACUGUAUAUUCACUGUUUUUAAUCAACUUCUAAAUAUUAUUUGUAUUCAAUUAGAUUUCCAGUAUCCAAUUCCAUUUUUUGAAUACUACCUACUUUUGUAUUCAUAAAUAUUUUAUAAUAGAUAAAAAUGAUCAAAUAAUUAAACUUAAAACAAAUAAAUCAGUUUAAUCUUUAUAAAAAAAUAUGUGUACCAGAAAACUGAUAAAUUAUUAAAAUUAUAACAAUAUUCAAAAAUAUCAAUCCAAACAUGAUUGAUUAUUCAAUUACAAUUUUUUGUUUUUUUUUAAUAUUGAACACAAUCAAAUACAUUGAGCUUAUUAAAAACACAUUAAGUAUCACAAACAUACAUUUAAUAGAUUCAAAAAUGUCACUAUUUUACUAUUAUUUACACUUAAUGAAAACUAUUGAAGACACACCAACAAGGUUGGACACCAGGAAAUUUCUUUGUAGACCACAAUAGAAAUAAGUUAAGCAAAUGUUAAGUGACAUAAUAAUUUUAACCCAAGAUAAGAUAUGUUCUGUUAAGCUGUAAAAUGGUACUUGAAGGGCUGUCAAUAAGGUGCCAGGGACUACUUUAAGCUACAAGGCCUUUAUUAAUAAGCCAUCAAAAAUUGCAUUAGGUUAUUAUAAGGGCUGUAAUAUGCUGUCAAUUAGGAUACUUUCAAGAGAAAGUAUUGACAAUAUAAAGUAAUAAAUUGAAAUGCUAUGUAAAUUUUGGGUCCAGUAGAUUAAAUAUUUCCUGGGCUGUUUUUAUUAAAUAAUCCAAACAUAUGCAACAAUGUAAGUACUUAUUUUUUAUUUUCACAUUUUAGACAUAAAUUAUAAAAGCAUAGUUCAAAAUUAUAUCUUUCAAAUGUAACAAAAUAAAAAUAUCUUCUGCAUAUAACCUUAUAAACUUCAAAUAUGGAUUUUUUUUUUUAUCUACAAAUAAUAAAAUUAAAUGAAAACAAUAACAGAAUAUUUUAAGUAUGUUAUAAUGCCAAGGCUACUCCUUUACUAUGACAAUAGAAUUCAGUAGAAUAUCUCUAAUGGUUACAAUCAAAAUAAUAUUAUGAAGUUAUCUUAACAAUCAGAAAUCCUAAAUUUUUUAUUUUUACCCAAUUAAGAGAACUAAAAUCAGUAUAAUAGGGUUUAUUAAUGGGUGUAACAUUGUGUACACAUACUAAUAUAGUGUAUUUUUUUUUUAUUGCGUUAUGGUAUGCUACACAAUACUUAUAGGUAUCCACUACCUACAUUUGACUAUACUUUCACCUGGAAUCAUUUUUCAUUUAUUUAAUAGGUAGUGUUGUAAACAGCAUGUACCAUUUCACCUGUACCUUCUACAAAUAAUUAUAAUAAUAUUGUAAAUAAAACUUAAAAAUUUAUUUCAUUUUUUUAAAAAAAAUCACUGUAAACUAUAAAGUAAUUAUUAAUUUUUAACAAUAGUGAAACAAUUAUUUAUAAAUUAUGUAUAAACAAUUUAUACUGCAAUGAAAAAUAUUUUUACGUAUGAACCUAACAAAAUCAAAUAAUAGAUUCUGAUUAAUAGAUGAUCAUCUUUACUCAUUUUUAAUAAUUGGUACAAUGAAUUUCAAACAAAAGUUUGCAUUAUUAGCCAAUAAAAUUUCACAUUAAAUUGAAUAUUGUUUAUUGUUUAUUUUUUUUUUUUAAUUUAAAUUUUACUCUGAACUUUUUGGAAAAUUUCUAAAAAUGGAAUUUUUUUUGUGCCACUGGUUGAGCAUCUCUAAAUUUGAAACAAAAUUUUACAAAAAAAGUUCUUAUUAAGAUUUUGAUUGGAGUUAUAUUUCUGGUAAAAAAGUUGUUUAGAGACCGAAAAAAAUAAUUUGAAAGCAUACAUCAUAGUAAAAUCAAUAAUUAAAUAUUAUUUAAAUAGCAAAACAAAUUUAUUCAUAUAAUCAUCUAUUUAAUAAAUAUACUGAACACCUAAAAGAAUAUAGAAUAUAAUAGAAACAUAUAAUAUACAAAUAGAAUGAGAGGUGAAAUAUCUAAAGGUUAAGGUUUUUUUUAAAACUAUCAUUAUUAUUGUCUUUAGAUAUAAGUAAAAAUAGGUAAAAAAAGUUAUUUCAAAAUAUAUAGGCAUUUUCCUGGUAAAUACUAUGUAUUAAUGUAGUAAUUACAUAAUUAUACCAUGUAUUUAUCUAGUAAAUUGGAUCAAUUUGUUUUUAAUAUAAUACAUUUACACAGCAAUAUUUUAUGAAAGCUGUUGUUUUUUUGUAUUUAGAGCCAUUUAUUGAAUAUAUAUUUUAAACAAAUUAACAAGAUAAUUCUCUUUUAGAUCAAAUAUUAAACAGUCUCAUUUAGUUUUUUAAAAAUAAUAAUAAUAAUACUAGUCUUUACUUUUCUAUUUAAAUAUUACAACUUAAACUAAUUAUUCAAAAUAUAAGAAAUAAUAAUAUAAUAUUUACCUACGCUUUGGGUGUUUAAUUUUAAGUUUUAACUUAUAAAUAUUUAAAACAGAAUUUAAUAAAACAUAUUGAAAUAAUAGAAUUAUAUAUAUUGAUACUCAGCGGAAAUGAUAUUAUACAUUAAUAUUAUUAAAUAUGAUACACCACAUUGUAGGGACCAUUCAAUUAUUUAUUAACACCUUAUUUUGUUGGUUGCCUAUUUAACAAUUAAGGACAAUAUAUGCCUAGCUGUGAAUUAUACAGAGUGAUUUUUUAUCAAUAAUAGCAUUUCUAAAUUGAAACAUUUGUAUAAUAUACAUGUCAUGAAUACUGUAAAAUAAAUUAUUAGUAUCCUAGUACAUGUUUUAAACCUACAUCUUCAUUUCACUGAAGGCUAUGCCUUGUCAUUGCUUUGUUUUAUUUCUUGGUUUCAUGAGAAAAUAAAUACAGUAGUUUCUCAUAACCUACAUAUGAUUAUAUAAUUGUUUAGAUUCAAAGAGAAAUUGGUAAAUUAUAUAUUGGUAUGAUGUGAUAAAAUAUUCAAACUCAUAGUAGAUAAAACCGUUUCCCAAAUAAACAUUAUAAUUUAUAGCAAUAAUUGAAUCAUUUAGAAACAAUUAAACAAGCAAUUGAAUUACUUUUAACAUAUGUUGUAGUUUGAAUACAAUAGAAUUACUAUGAAUAUAGUAAUAAUAAUAAUACAGCGUAUAACACAAACUUAUCACUUAUCACUUUUUUUGAUUUAAAUAACCAUAUUUCUUUUGUUUAAUUAAAUAUAAUAACAUCAUGAAUUAACUAACUGAACUUAAUUAUUUAAAAAUGUAUACAAUUAUUAAUCAGACAAAUAGAUUUUGUUAUAAUACCUACAAGUAUUAUAGUUUUUAAUUUUAGGCAAUUAUACAUUAUUGUUUUAUUAAUUAUAACAAAGCAAUUAAUUAACAUAUAAAAAUGAAUUCCUUCCUAUAUACUUUGUAUACUUUAUAAACUUUGUUCCUUUCAGUCCGUUUUGUGAAAAUUAAAAGUAUAAUUUAAUUUUGGUUUAUUUAAGAAACAACAGUUAUCUUAUUUAAAAAUAAUUCUGAGAAGAUGUACGGGAUUUAAGUUCAUAAAUUCAUCAUUGAAGGUUAAAACUUAAUAGUAGAUGUAAAGUAGUCUUAGUAAAGUAAUAACAAAACUAAGUAGUUUGAUCUUUAUGUGUGUUUUAACUUUUUUUUAGAUUUCUCAGAAUAAUUAAGUUAACUAAUAUCUAAUAGAUAAAUAAAAGAUUGAUUUUUUUUUUUUUCAGAAUAAUCAAAGACUAUGCAAUAUAUUUUAUCAAGAUAAGGAUAUGGAAUUUAUUAGGAUACAAUACAUAUGCUAAAAUUUUCCAAAGAAUUGUUACAAAACAUCCUAAUAAAGUAGCAUUUAAGCAUGAAGAUACUUUAUGGAGAUAUAUAGAGGUAAAUCAUAUAAUAUUAUUGAUGUAAUAAUUUAUAAUAAAUAUUAUAAAUAUGAUAUGAAAAAAAUAUAUAUUAUGGUGGAUCUAGUGUCUCAAGUAAUGCAACUACAUGGAUUGUCAUAACUCAGGGUGGUUGGGGAGCUUUUUUUUUGCUCAUUAUGAAUUUUGAAUGAAGAGACAGGUGUAUAAAACAGGUCUACUUUUGUUAACUUCAUGGGCUGGAUGGAUCUAAAUAAAUGUAUCAACAACAAUUAUUGUAUAACUUGGAUAUCAAAUAAAGUAUAAUAAUUAACAGGGUUGGGAUUUUAUAGCACUUAAAAUUUUAUAAAUAUGCACAAUAAUAUAACCUUAAGUAUGAGUAUCAUAACAAAAUAUGAAAAAAAAAAAAAACCAGACAUUUAUUAACCACUUUCAAAUUGUUAGAGACUUAUUAUAAUAAUUUAAAAUACCUUUUUUUAAAAAAAGAACCCAUAAAAUGAUAGAAAAAAACCUAACAAAAUCAGCAGAUAACCAGUUUAAAAUUAGAAUCAAAUGAUACAAAAUACUAGGAAUGGCGUGGCAUUGCUCACAUCUCAUCAGUUUGUUCAAGUAAUCGGUCUGCAUACUUGAUGUAAUUUACUUUGAAAAUUUGAUUGACAAUAAUCUAAAUACACAUUUACUGAAAUAUAAUUUUAUAAAUUAUGACCAAUUUUGAUUAAAAAAACAGGUAAAAAUGCAAAAAGUCCAAAAAUAGCAAUAAAAUCUAAAAAAUUGUAAACAAAUAUGCAAAUAUAUGCAAAAAUAAUUUUUAAUUUGAGUUCUCUGUAUCAUGAAACACAUAUUUAGCUUACUCUGUUAUUUCUUAAGCAUCUCGUAAGAAAUAUGCAAAUGCUAUACAAUUUUAACCCUGAUAAUAUUUAUAUUAAUUCAGUAAUAUAAUGUUAUGUGUAGUAAUUAAAUACCUAACUAUUAAAAACACAGUACAGACUAGAAAUCCAUAAUACAUAUCGAAUAGGUAGGUAUAUUUUUUUUUUCAAAUAUAUUGUUUUAUUUGUAUUAUAUACUUGCAAAUAAUAAAUUAAUUGAUCACAUAUUAUUUAAACUAUUGACCUUCGUGUUAUUACCUUAACCCACCUAAACACAAUGUACUACCAUAAAUUAGGUAAACAAAAUAGCAACCUUAAUGUGACACUUACCAAAUAAACAGAUUUUAAGACUAGAUUUAUUUUUCAUUACUUUAUUGAACUAUUUAUCACCAUUCAAAAAUGUAUAAGCAAUUUAAUUUGAGAAUUUUUAACAUAAAUUAUUGUAUAACUCAGAUAUCAAAAUAAAGUAUAAUAAUUAUUACUUUGUUUUUAUUAAAACAUAGUUAAAGAAGGAUAGUUUGAUAGGAGUUAUGAAGAAAGGAUUGAGCAUUAAAAAAGAUAUUGUAGGAAUCUAUCAAAGCAGAAUUACAUUAAGUGAAAAGAGAAGGACACUGCAGAAGUAUGUAGGAUUUAUCGUGAAUAGAUUUAGUGGAAUGGUGAGUGCAUAGGAAUCAUAUGCCAACUAUUAGGAUGCUACUCAUUUACUUAUUUACUGAUGACCCUUUAUUUUUGCUUGUCAGCCUUUUACGUGCUCCUAAUUUUUAGAUAGCUUCUAUGUGAUUGGAGAUACCAAUAGUAUUAGAGUCCCGUAUAAUUUGACUGUAUUCUAGAUGAAAUUUGAUAUUAGAUAUAAAAAAAUAUUUAAAAGUUAAAGAAUCAGUAAAGGGCAAACAAUUACGCAUAAGACUAAAUAGUGCUUUAUUUUUAAUAGAAAUAAUAUGAAAGAACAGUUUAGUGUCAAAAUGGAUACGAAGAGCAAAGUUUAAAUUGGAGCUAAAUAACAAGUUUUUAUGUUUUUUGAAAAAUGAAUUGUUUGAUAUUUGCUAAUAAUUAAAGAAAGACCAUUUUAUUUGCACUGAAAAUUAAAACUUGUUAAAUCUUCAUGAAGGAAUUCAGUGUCAGAAAGUAAAUUUAUGGCUUUAAAUGUUUUUGCAUGGUCAGCAAAAAGUAAUAAAUUGUGCGUAAUUGAAUAAACAAUAUUGUAUAAUUGUUUUUCUACUGAGUUUUAAAUUAUGGAACAACACCUUGAAGAAAUAUUCUUAUACCAGGUCUAUUGUAUUAAUCUAAGUGGAAAAAAUCAGUUUGUUGAAUUAAAGUGGAGAGAACAGCAAAAUGAUGAAGAUGAUUUAACAAAUAAGACAGCUUUGUUGCCUUGAAUACCUAAAUAGCUGGAGACCAUCAAAAUUCAAUUAUAACUGGAGAUUAAAAAGGGGUUGUCUAAUACUAAUGGAAAUAAAAGAGGAGAGAAAUUUAAAAUAAUUGAAUGUGAGAUCUUGCAAUCUAGAUAGAGAAAUAUGUAAUAUAUGUUAAUAAAUAUAAUAUUUCCAUUAGUUCAGAAAUAAACCUAACAAAUUUUAUAGAUAAUAAUUAAUUACCAAACUCAAAUGUCUAUUAAAAAUAUAAUAACAGACCACAAUGUCAUAAUAUAUUGAUUAGGUAUGUAAAUAUAUUAUUUUUUUCAGAUAUUAUGUUUAUUAAUAUUAACGUUUUUUGCUUUUUUUAUUUUUACCCAAUUAAGAGAACUAAGUAUAAUUAGGUUUACUAAGGGCCCUUUAAAUUAAUUAUUUUUUGUGUAUUAUUGGAAUGUGACACUCUAAUCAUGUGUAAAAGAAUGUUUAUAUGAACAUAAAUGAAAAUGCGUGUUUAUCAAAUGAUUUUCCUUGAUUAUUAUCAUGCGUGCCAGUUGUUUCCUGUAACCUUUUCCUCAGCGUUUUCAUUGAUUUGUACAACUACACUAAUUUACUAAUUUUAAUAUCACAAAAAUCUCCUAUCCUUAAACCAUUUCGAUCUCUUUUUUUAAUUUUAGCUUGUGUCAACACACAAUAGUGAUUUUUUUUUCCAUAUAUAUAAAUUAAUAUAUAAAAUUUUUAAUAAUUAUUGUCAAAUUCUAAAUAUUCUAUGGACAAAUUGUGUAUUUAACAUAAAAUCACGGAAGUUAGAAUACCAAGGUCACAUAGUAAGAAAUAACAAUAACAAGAUAUAGAUUGCUGCAACUUAUACUUCAAGGAAAAAUAAAUGGUAAGCGAAGUUUUGAAAGACAAAGGACAUUGUGGUUAAAAACCUCUACAAUUGGUUUGCCGCAACAAAAAAUUAAUUAAUUAAAGAGAAAUAAUUUCCAACACCCAAAACAUAUAAGAACUUCAAGAAGAUAUAUAAUAAUAUUAAAUUUAGAUUUUUAAUUUAAAGUUUAUAAAACACAUUAGACAGAAUUACGUAAAUGAAGACUGUUGGAAUAUUGGUUUUUAAAAAACUAUAUGCACCAAUAGCACAAAAAUAGAGAUGGUUAUAACCAAGCUUCAGAUUUUAUAACAUUUGCUAAUAAUUAUAGGAUAUAAAUAAAAAUAUCAGAGUAAACUUUGCAUUUGUUUUAUGUACCAGAAAUUCCAAAUAAGACAUUUUAUGUUGCUAUUUUUUGCAUAUUUGAAGUAUUUUAGAUUUUUUGAGCUAUUUUUCAAUUUUUGGAUAAUUAAGCAUAUAGUGAUUUAUUUUAUAUUUUUCAUAAACAAUAGAAAAAAUCUGUAAGAAAAAUACAUAACUACAUUUCUGUUUCAUAUUAUAGUCUAUUUUUAAGUAGCUCAGCGUAUUUACUUAUCAAACAGUCUUCAUUUAUGUCUUUUUAAAAGUUGUACUUGUAUAUUUAAAAAAAAUAAAUAUAUUUUCUUUUAUUCCAUUUUUCAUAUUUUUAAAGAAUAGUGUAGCAAAUUUUUUUUAUACCAUAAUAUAGUUCAUAUUUAACUUAUUUUCAGUGCUAUAUAAUCUGAGCCCUGGUUAUAACAUUUACACGGAUACGUUUUCUGGUCAAUUACAACAUAAAAAAAAGAAUGCAGAACUGACGUGUGUCACUUUUUUUAAAUACACUCUUAAAGCAUCAUACAUGACUGCCACACACCGUUGAGAUUUACUAUACACGUGCUAAUUCCAAUCAUGCACAAAAAAGUGAUGAUCUAAAGGGCCCUAUUAUUAAUUGGGCACAUAUUAUAAAAACUAUUGACUUUCAUAAUAUUGCCUUAACCUGCCUAAACACAAUUUAGAUACUACCAUAAAAUAGUUUAACAAAAUAGCUGUGAUAACAUCACACUUAUCAAUUAUACUUUUUUUUAUGCUAGAUUCAUUUUUCAUAUAAAAAAAAAAUGUAUAGUUUUUAGUAUUUUAUUAAUGAGGGUUAAAAUAUGUGAUGAACAGGUACUUGAAGUUUUCUAAAGAUUUAAAAAAUAAAUAUACUUAAAUAAGAAAUUUAUCAAUUUUUUAUAUGUUUUUGGUUUAAAACAAUAAUAUUAACAAUAUAUAAUUAAAUAUUGUAAUUUACAAUUAUAUAUAUAUUAUAAGAUAUGAGUUAAUGAGUAGGCACAUUGAUAAUAUGCAUUAUAAAAUUAUAAAUUUAUUCAAUCAAUACAAAAUUAAUGACACCAAACAAUACAUUAUAAUCAUAGAUGAAUUAAACAACACUCAAUUAAAAUUGUAUAUUUUAUAUAUUAUAGUAAUGCAUUUUAUUUUAAUAUAAAAUUGAAAUAAAUUAAACUUUGGUUUAGAUUUUUAUUGUCAUUUAAAGGUAUAUCAUUCCAUUUAGUUGUCCUAGUGGAAGGAAAUGGUUAGUUCCUAAUCAUCACAAAUUUAAAUGUCUAUUUAUAUAAUGUUCAGACAAAUGCACUAUUGCUAAUAAACAAUAAGCUAAAACAAAAUAGUUUUAACUGAUCCUAAAAUAUAAAAAUGAUGUAUUUAUAACUUUAAUUUUUAGAGACUAUCUAUAAAAUUAAAAUUGUGUAUUUUUUAUCAUAUGUACCUCUAUAUUCAAUACCAAUUUAGUUUUUAUGUUUAUAGUAUUAUUAGUUCACCAGUCUUUGAUGGUCUAUUUAAUAAAUUGUAAAGGUUAGAACAACCACAGGGUUAAAAUUAAACUAAUGUUUAUCAAUAGAAUAAUUAAAAUGAUGUAAGAAACUUGCUGCUAACUUUAAGAACAAAAUAAUUUUAUUUUAAUAUUCAUUGAAAUAUACUGGCUUUAUAUAAAUAAAAGGUUUAUUCCUAGAAUAAUACAAAAUAUAAAUGAAAUUGUUUAAAUUAUAGCAAUUUGAAAAUUAAAAAUGUGUACCUAUUACAUUAUAUAAAGUAUAAGAAGUAGGGGUAAAAAUUGAAAAUGGUGGUAAAAUAAAAUUUAAACAAAUUCAUAAUAAUCUAAAAAAAAUAGAACUUAAAUUCACUUAAAAUCUUUUGAGAAAAUCACUGGUUUAUAAUAAAUGGGUCACCUAUAUAUACUAAGUAUACAGUAAAAACCAGUAAUAACAAAUUUAAAAUUGGGUAAAUUAGGAUUUAUUACUUUAUUAUAUAUCUAAUAAUCUAACUAAAUAUAAUUAAUACUUAUAAACAAGUAAUAACUAACUUAAUUAUAUCAAUUAUAAAAAUAACAUAAAUAUAACACAGUUAUAGUUUACUUACAAUUUAUAGGUAGAAGAACUCAGCAACCAAAUUGCCAAUUAUUUCAAAGAACAAGGUCUUAAACGAGGCGAUAUUGUUGCUUUGUUUAUGGAAAGUUGUCCAGAAUAUGUUUGUAUCUGGCUAGGUUUAUCUAAAAUUGGUGUUAUUGUAGCUUUAAUUAAUAAUAAUUUAAAAGCCGAAACAUUGGUACAUUCCCUAAAAGUAUCAAAUUGUUCAGCAAUUAUAAUGGGCAAAGACCAAAUCAAUGGUAAGUUUUAUACAAAUUAAAAUUAAUGUAAAAAAAUGUGACAUUUUUACAUUUAAAGAAAAGGAAACUUUGAUAAUAAACACUUUCUUAAUAAUUUGGUAUUGGUCAUUGAUUAGAAAUCUAUAUCUUAUUCUUUGUCUCAUCCCAACUAACCCCUUGACCCAAUUUUCCACUUUGCAUAUAUUGGCUGUCCUCAUAUUAUUUUAAAAUACAAUCAAUCACCUCUAUUUUAGUCUUCCUCUCCACCUCUUUCCUCUUACAUUUAUUUUUAUUAGAAUUCAUACCAAUUUAUUCUUUUCAUGCCCAUAUCAUCUCAAUCUCUUAUUUUGUUUACUAUCGAAAUCAUGUCUAAGGUAUCUCAUAUGUAUUUGUUUUUUAUCCUAUCUUAAAGCCAUUGUUUUUUUGUACAAAAGAUCCUAGGUACUUAAAACUCUCAAUCUCGUCUAUUACGGAACUAUUUAUUGUCAUUAGCUGUUUUGUCCUGUUCUUCCUAACUCAUACUCAAUUUUACUUCUAUGUAUCCUUAGUCACAUCAUAGUGUAAAUUCUACACCUACACAUUUGAUAGUAUUCCUUAUCAAAAAUGUAGUAAAAAGUGUAGAUACUGUAUUCUGUGUACACUUUUUGUUAAACCGAACAAGGCAAUUGUUACAAUAACCCAGAGUACUCUAUAGUUUAUGGAAUAACAUUAUAAUAAAUAUUAUUUUAUGUACAUCAAACAUUUCAAUCAUUUUACUAGGUAUAAACAGUUUAACCCUUACCUUAAACGAUUAGACAAAACGAACAUUAUUUCUAAUUUUCCAAUUUAGUUCUUGAUUUAGUAUUGUGUGAAUUAUUUAUAAUAAACAUUUUUUUAACACAAAAUAAUACACAACAGUUAUCUAAUAAUUAUAUUAUAUCUACAUUUGUGACUACGUUUUUUAGUUUUAAUAUUAAUAAAAAUGUAGGUAAAAAUUAUAACAGUACAAUCCAAGAUCCACGUUCUUAUUAGGUUUUAUAUAAUGAUAAAACCUAAUAAGAAUCGCGGCAAUUUCUUAUCAUAAAUAUUUGUUUUGAUUAAAAUAUAAAAAUUAUUUUUGAUUAGGUAAUUUUCAAGUGAACUCGAAACUUAAAAUACCUACUAUAGUAAUACAGAUGAAUUCUAUGUAAAUUAGUAAUAAUGAGUAAUUUAAAUGUAUAUGUAUUCUGUUUGCUAUGCUAUAUAGUAUAUACCGACAUAUUGUUUUGGGCUACCAUAUACCAAUUUGGAUUUAUAUUCCGGUAAUCAGUAGGACCGAUAUUGUGAAACUACAAAUUCAGAAAACGGAUUUGAAUUUAGCAAAAAGUGUAUCUGAAAUCGGGGGGCCACUUUUUGGAACUUUAUACCAUGAUUUCCCAAAAUUAAAUAUUUAAAUAUUUUAAAAAAUAGAUAUUAUGUAAAAUAAAAAACUUAAUUUUAAUUUAAAAAUUGGCUUAAUCGAUCUCAUGUUCACUUCGAGUUGAAUUAAAAUUUGCUCGAAUUGCUAUACAAUAUGGAUAGGAUUGAUUGUUGGAAAAUUGCUCUAAAAUUCUAUGCUGAUUGUAUGAAAGACAAAGAAAGAAUAAUUAUUAUAUUGGUAGCUAAGUAUCUAAUCUUUCCCACAUAACUUAAUAUCUUUCAAACUUCAUACCAUUCUCAAUGUCAAAUCUGAAACUUACAUAAAAAUGAUUAUCACUUUUAUUUUGGAAGCUGGCUUUAUUAUCUAAUAUAGUAUUUGUAUUUAAUAUAUUUUGUAUACAUUAUUAUAAUUAUCGAUCUAUCAUAGUAGCAAACUAGGACCUGAAUAAAAACAAAAGUAUCUGAUAAUCAACAAAUUUUUAGCACAGUAUUUUUGAAGAAUGUUAUCUACUUCCAACAAUUUUUAGUUUUAAAUUGCUAGAUAGUAAAAUAUUAAUCAAUAAACAAAUUUAAAUUGUACUCUAUGUGUAGGUAAUUAUAAAAAGUACCUAAUAUGUUUUAUUUAUGAUCAUAGAAGUUGUAUCUAAAAAUAUAUUCCUUAUAGUCUGUGAUUGUACUCCUUUGCAUCCUAAUAUACAUCCUAAUAUUCUAUAAUACAAAUUUCAAAUACUGUGUAACACAGGGAUGUUUAAAUUUUACUUAAAUCAAAAUUAGAAUUUCCCUAGUUAAUCACUUAUAUUUGUAUGUAGUGUAGUCAUAUAGGUUAGUAUUAAUUUGCAUACCUAAUAAUAAAUAGACAUAAUAUUAAAAUGAAAUUAUCAAUUUACAUAAAAAAAUUUAAGUUAUUUAUUUAUUCAUUUUUAUAGUGUUAGUGGAUGUUAUUAACACAACUAGUGAUGAUAAAUUAAAAGAUCUGUCAGAGACAUCUAAAAUAUACAUAAAAAAUUAUAACAAUGAUAAUACUUUGAUUAACACUCCACUCAGUAAAGCAAUCAAUCUAAAUGACGAACUUAAAGGAAUAUCAAAAAGUGCACCUUUACAAGAAAUUUCUAAAGGUACUUCUAAUGACCAAAUGUUAUACAUUUAUACAUCAGGAACUACGGGUAUGCCAAAAGCUGCUAUUAUGACUCAAUCAAGGUAAAACAAAUUAACACCUACAAUACAAUAAUACCUAAUACAAUAAGUUUAUAAGCAUUUUAUUUUACUGAAUAUUAUUUUAGAGCAAUAUAUAUGGCGAUGGGGGCCAAACAUAUUGCCGGUAUAACUGAGCAUGAUGUUGUGUAUACGCCAUUACCUUUGUAUCACACUGCUGGAGGUAUUUUAGGUGUUAGUUCAGUCCUCUUAGGAGGUUCAACAUGUGUUAUAAGAUCAAAAUUUUCAGCAUCUAAAUAUUGGUCAGAUUGCCUUAAAUAUGAAUGCACAGUAAGUAAGGCAAAAUGUUAAGAUAAAUUACAAUAUUUAAUGAUUCUCCCUCCCCAUAUGAGAUUUAUUUAUAUGUAUAUUAAAUAAAAAACAUUUAUUUCAUGGUUGUAUUAUUUAAUAAUAAAUAUAUUUCAAUUAAACAUUAUAUUUGAGGUUGCACAAUAUAUUGGUGAAAUGUGUCGUUAUUGUUUGGCUUCACCUCCGUCUAUUGCUGACAACACUCAUCAGGUCAGGUUGAUAAUAGGAAAUGGACUACGGCCUCAGAUAUGGGAAGAUUUUACUAAACGAUUUAAUAUUAAGAAAGUAGCAGAAUUCUAUGGUGCUACAGAAGGAAAUGCCAAUAUGAGUAAGAAAUUUAAGAAGUGAUAAAAAAAAAAUUGUUUAUAAAUGUAUACAUUAGCAAACAUCACAAAUUAAGAUAUAUUCAUGCCAAUAUUCAUAUUAAUUCAUACAAAAAUAUGAUUUUAUAAAAAAAAUAACAGUUAGAUAGGUACUUGAAUUAUAUUGUUUUUUUUUUUUCAGUGAAUACGACAAAUAAAGUAGGCGCUGUCGGAUUUAUUCCAUUCAUUGGAGAACCAUUUUACCCUGUUACUUUGAUACGUGUCAAUCCAGAGACUAAUGAACCUAUUAGAGGAAAAAAUAAUCUUUGUAUUAAAUGUAAAGCUGGUGAGAUUUUGAUUGUUAUAUUUCUAAAAAUUAAUUAAAACAUAAAUUAUGUUUAUAUUAUCUUAAAUUAAAUAUAACUACUUAAAUAGGAGAACCUGGACUAUUAGUGGGAAAAAUAAGAAAAACAACUGAAAAUUCCUUUAGCGGUUAUGUAGAGAAAUCUGCAUCAGAAAAAAAAAUCAUUAGAGAUGUUUUUCAUAAAGGGGACCAAGCAUUUAACUCUGGUAAUUUUUUUUUAACAUAACUAAAUGUAAAUUUUGAUUUUAUUGCAUAGAUAAGAUUUGUUAUAAUUAUUUUUCAAUAUUUGUUAUGAAAUAUAGGUGAUGUGUUAAUUCGUGAUGAACACAACUUUUAUUAUUUUAAAGAUCGUACAGGUGAUACUUUCAGGUAACUUUUAGUUAUUUACUUUAACUACACACAUAUUUAAAUUAUUUAUUUAUUUAUUUUUAAUAAUAAUACAAGCCGAGGGCUAAAAGACAUAGAGGUACAGUUGAAACAUUACAAAUUACUAACUAGUUAAUAUAACUAAGAAGAUAUAAUAAUUACUCAAUUUCUGGGUGAUAAAAUAACAAAAAAUGCAGAACUAAAGGCAAAUCGAGUAAGAUGGGUCAACGUUGGCGAUGUGCAUAAGCCAGGUAAUUGGGAAGUGGUCAAAAGAUAGCAUCUGAGAGUAGAGAAUAUAGAAUAUGGAAUGGGAUGGAUUGAGUGUACAGAGGGACUUAAAAAUUAGUUAGAUAAAGGAGACUAGGAGAAUCAGUUUAACCAGAAAGGUUGUUUGAGAGGAAAUAGAGAUUUUGUGACCAUCUGUGACUGGCGAGACCAGGUAAAUAAGGAAAUAUUAUAAAUGAGUAAAUUAUAUUAUAUAGUUUAAAUUUACUUAUUUCAAAUUAUUUAUAUAAAAUUAUAAUUAGAAAAUUGGAUACGAUUAUUUUGAUUAAUAUAUUACAUUUUAAAUUAUCUAUAAUUUCCGAUGCUAUUAUUUUUAGUGAAAAAACUUUUAACAUCAUAGUGUGAUAAAUUUAAUCCAAAAAUGACUUACAGAAGUUAACUCUUUUACUCAGAUCAAUACAAAAAAUGUAUUAAGUUUUAGUUUAAUAUUGUUUUCCUAAUAUAAUUAAAUAGGUGGAAAGGUGAAAAUGUUUCUACAUCUGAAGUGGAAGCUGCAAUAAGCAAUAUAGUUAAACUAAAGGACUGCAUAGUUUAUGGUGUUGAGGUAAUGUAUAAAUCAAAAUAAUGAACACUAAUUUAAUAUUUUUAUUAACAUAUUCAUAGAUACCAAAUACAGAAGGCAAAGCUGGAAUGGUUGCCAUAGUUGAUCAAACAGGAGACAUAGACUUUGAGUAUUUGUGUUCUGAAAUGAACAAAUCGUUGCCAGUUUAUGCACGUCCACUGUUUUUACGUGUAGUGAAAACACCUGUAUCUUUAACUGGUCAGUUAACUUUUUUAUGAAAUAUCUUAUAAUUUUAAACUAUUAAUAUUAUUGUAUAUUUUAAAUACAAUUGUAGGUACAUUUAAGCUGAAAAAAAAUGAUCUUCAAAAUGAUGGAUAUGAUCUUACAAAAUUGUCUACUGAUUCUUUAUAUUUUAAUGAAGGAAACAAAUUCAUACCAUAUACCCAAGAAUUACAUGAAAAAAUUGUUAAUGGAACAAAAAGAUUAUAAAUUUCAAUUAUGUAUUUAUUACUUUUUUUUUUUUAAAUAUUGUAUAUUGAAUAUUAUU